AUGAGGUUUGGCAAAAAGGCCAAGUUGAGUCCAAAGUUUAUAGGACCUUAUGAGGUCAUUGAGAAGGUAGGAAAGGUCGCUUACAGACUAGCAUUACCCAAUGAGUUGGGUAAGGUCCAUAAUGUGUUUCACAUUUCGCAGUUGAAGAGAUAUGUUUUUGAUAAAUCUCAUGUGCUAGACCCCGAGCCCUUAGACCUUGAUGAGAAUUUAUCAUAUGAAGAGAAGCCUAUCAAGAUCUUAGAUUCUAAGGUGCAUAGUACGAGGAGAAAAGGUAUAAAGAUGGUGAAAGUUCUAUGGCCGAACAAGCGCACACAGGAGGCAACGUGGGAAACUGAGGAUUCCAUGCGUGAGAAAUAUCUCACCUUUUUCCUGAGGUUCGUAAGUUACGGGGUCGUUAAUGAUUAUGAAUGCUCGGAACGAAAUAUGUAUGAAUAUUUGGAUAGUGUAAGUAUAAUAGUGUCAAUAAGGUCACGAUCUUUGAGUUAA